AUGAGAAGAAUAUUUAGCAGGGGAGACGUUUGGGUCCGAAUUUCAAAGCGGUUCAGGCGAGUCCCAAACAGACCCUUUUCUACCACCAACAGCAAGAAACCCAGCACGACCCACAAAAACAAUGGUAGUGACAAGGUUGAUGAUGGGUCGUCUUCUUCUUCUUUGAGCAAGUACGAAGCAUAUAAAGACCUGGACAACCUUAAUUUCAUGACUGCUGCUAAGAUCCUAUUCUCAGAACCUGCUAAGAAGAAAAAGUUCGGGAUUGAUUUCCAUCUGGUACAACUCUUCUUUGCCUGCUUGCCUUCAUUGGCUGUAUAUUUGGUGGCUCAAUAUGCUCGCUACGAAAUGAGAAGAAUGGAGGCGGAAUUGGAGCUGAAAAAGAAAGCUGAAGAAGAGGCAAAGGCAAAAGAGAUGGAAUUAAAAGAUGUUGAAGAAAAAGAAGCAGCAGGAUCUGAUCCAGAGCUUUUGGAAGUAAAAGAAAGGCUAGGUAAAUUGGAGGAAGCUGUAAAGGAAAUUGUGAUUGAAUCAAAGGCGCAAUUGGGGAGGACCAGAAGCAAAUAUCAGGAUGAUGGUGGUGUGAAAAAGCAACCAGCGACAACUGCACAGGGAGACACUAAAAGUAGAUCAGACGCAAGCAGUUCAGCAGAUGAAGGCCACCUUAGUGAACAAACAUCUGCAGGAAGAACAACGGUCAAAGUUCAACGGGAACCAAGUGGAUUAGCACCAGUUACUGAUUCUUCCCUGCGGGAUGAGAAGAGGGACCCAAAAUGA